AUGGAUUCUCGGAAAAAGCCGCCCCCAACUGCCAAUAACGGGAGGAGUACUAAUGAAGCCAACCAGUCAGCGUCUCUCCGUGACGGUGGGAUGCUGGAGCAUGAAGUUCCCACGGCGGCUGUGGCCCGAGCCCCUCAGCAGCAAAACGAGCUGGACAAGUCGGACGAUUCCAAUAAUCAAUUGGCCGCUUCCAAACCCCGUCGAGGAUUCUUUCGAGGAGGAGGCAACCGAAAUUCCAACAAUACAAAGAAAAAGCCAGAGGGCAAGAGCAGCAGCCGACGACGAAACAGUCUCUCUCCCUUUCGAACCACCAGUGGUGGAGGAAAUCGAAGUCCCAAUCAACGACGAGUGAUGCGACGACCGGGAAGGUCCGCCACGGUCGAUGAAUUGCCGCGGCAGCGAUCCCCAUUGACCGCACAAGUCGAGCGUGUCGUUCCACCAGCAUCUGCAGCACAUGCAUCGAACGUUCCAUCUGCAGCAGCAGCACCGGCAGCAGCAGCACAGCCCCGAAUGCAGCGACGAGAAUCGGAAGAUGACAUUUUUCUGGAAAAACUCUUGGCCAUGCGAUCCAGGCAAGGUGAUGACCAGGCAGCUGCUCGGCCAAGCCAACAAAAUACUGACGCCGACGAUUUGGGUCUCAAUCCACUCGACUUGGCCAUUCCUCUGGAACGGCAGAAAACACCCAAUUUACCGGGAGCAUGGAGCCGACAGGGCAAUGCCAUUCGGCGACGAGGGAGAGCCAGUUUGACUUCCUCCACCUCCUCCACCCACAAUUCCGUCCGUGAGUUCCGGGAGGAAAAUGAUGACGCCGACGAAGAAGAAAAGCUUCCGUUUGGCAGCAGCAGCGCUGCCAUUGCCAAUGACACGGGCGAGGAUGACAUCUUCCUGGAAAAGAUGCUUGCCAUGAGACAUGGGUCCGAGGCUGUGCGGAACAAUAGUCAAUCAUCAUCACGUAGUGCGACGGAAAGCAACAACAAACCAGCCAGCCGUCCCAACAACAGCGCUGCCAUUGCCAAUGACACGGGUGAGGAUGACAUCUUCUUGGAAAAGAUGCUCGCCAUGAGACAUGGGUCCGAGGCUGUGCGGAACAACAGUGAAUCAUCAUCGCGUUCAGCGACGGAAAGCAGCAAACCGGCCAGUCGUCCCGGUGCCUUUAGUGCCAAGAGCAACAAUAACGUCGUCAAAAGACCCCGGUAUUCCUUGACGGUGGGAGGGAGAGGAAGGACGAGCAAAUCUCCCAUGAGGACAACGUCUGCUACUUCCAGUAGUACACCUAAAAAGAGGACCGCGUCCAAGUCACCGAGAAGGACCACUUCGAUGCCAGAGAAAUCUCACCAACAGCAACCACGAACACCACCAUCUACCAGGACGAAUGCAGCGCGACGAGCGAGCAUUUCUUCGUCUCAUCAUUCCGAGAGGGCAACCAACGGCACAAUGACACAACCCAAAAAGGUAACGGCUUCCAAAUCACCUACUAGAAGGACAACUUCGCUGACAGAGAGAUCUCAUCAGCAACCACCAACACCACCAUCUACAAGGACAACUGCAGCACGACGAGCGAGCAUUUCAUCCUCUCAUCCUUCUGAGAUGGGAACCAACAGCACAAAUAAUGCAUCCAAAAAGAGGACGGCUUCCAAAUCACCUAGAAGGACAACUUCGCUGACAGAUAGACCCCGCCAACAACCACGAGCACCACCAUCCACGAGGCCAAAUCAACCGCCAUCCACGAGGCAAAGUAAUCAGGCUGGCGGGGAACGACGAACCAGUACAACUUCUUCUUCCCAUCAUUCCGUAGGAUCACAAAGACGAUCCAGCAUCUCCUCAUCCAUCCAUUCGGUGGGAACCAGACGAACGAGCAUGUCGGGGUCCAGUCACCAUCAACGUCUACAAGCAUUGGAAGAGGGUACCACCAGCGCGGACGACGAUGCCCUCAUGAUGGAAAAGAUCAUUGCCACUCGUCAUGGGAGCGGGUUCCUUCGCGGUCGACAACAGGCAACACAACCGCGACAACGCAGUGAAUAUGAUUUGUCCACGUCGUUCCACUGCGAACCGAAUAAUACCAAUGUGAAUCAUCAUGCGGAUGGCUCCGAGUCUUCCAACAACAGCAAUAGUAAUCCAGACAACGAUAUGGACGCUUCAGCUCUGACACGUCAAGUGACUCCCAACCAGCCUGGGGCGUUUCAUCGGGAAGGAAACAAGAUUGUCCAGCGUCGUAGAGCAACUCUGACAAGAACCUCCAUGGACCAAUCGCAGCAAUCCGCGAACAUGGACACCAGCCAACGUAGUCAGACAACAACACUGUCUGGUAGUAGUGCUGGUGGGAUAAAACAGCCACCCCCCAUGGCUGGCCAGUUUCCAUCCAAGCCGCAUCGAACACCAGGAAGGAGGGCAAGAUCCAAUGAAAGUCAAUUGUCUAGAUUGUCAGAGGAUGGGAUGCUUCCUGCACAAGAAGAUGAGGACCCCUUUUUAGUAGAAAAGCUGGUUGCAUCACGUCAUGGUGACUCCUUUGUAAGAACUGGCAACCAAGGUGAUGUACCUUCAUCCGCCGCAAACGACGCCUCCAAAGGUGGCACUGUGGACUCUUCAGCUGGGUCUGCACAAAGUCGACCAGGCGCAUUUCACAGUAAAGGAUCCAAGUUGGCGCAGAGAGGGAAAGGUACCCUGACAUCAAGUAACACAUCUGCAACACCAUCCAUGGAUCAAUCCCGCAACUCCUUGGAUGAUGACAGUAGCCAACAAGGCGUAGCAACGCUUUCCAGCACCCAGCAGCAACCACCAGCUUCUGGCAAGCUUCCAUCCAAACCACAGGCGACCUCAGCAAGUAGAAGCAGGUCCAAUGAAAGCCAAUUGUCCACUCUUGCAGAGGAUGAGCAAGAUGAUGCUGGGGAAGAUCCCUUUCUUGUUGAAAAGUUAUUGGCAGCACGCUAUGGCCCCUCAAUGCUGAGAAAUCAGGGUGCAUGUGACACAUCGAAUGACAAUGGAGCCAACUCGGAAGACCAACAGGACCAAUCGGACGAACAGGCUCAACGCUUUUCGCAAACAGAUUCUACCCAUGCCGGCAGAACCGGCGGAGAUGCGGCGUUUCAAAGAACCGGGACGGACGAUAGUAUUGAUGUGGAGAAGUUGGCAGUGAUGCGCCAUGGACCCUCCAUUGUCAGGCAAGGCCAACGCGAAAAUUCCACUCGCGAGACCAGUGAAAGCGGAGAAGAGAUACAUUCCUCGACGGAAAUUGAAACAUCAUUACAAGACUUUACGACGGAAAACAGUAACAAUGCCAACAAUGCAUCGCUCAGACGACAAAUGACUCCUGAGGGUCCCGGUGCAUAUCAUCGAGACGGCUCGAGAAUAGUUCCCCGCGGGAAAGGCAUUUUGACGCAAGAUCCGUCGCUCCGGUCCUUGGGGUCCGUAUCCCAAAGGCGAGAGUCUGUGAAGUCGUUGAACUCCAGCAGCCACCACAAUUCUAUGAGUUCAAGCAACCACAGGUACAGUCGCCACGAUCGCUUCAAUAGACGCAGGUCAAACGAAAGAGAAGAUCAUAUCCCAGAGGAGAUAGGUUGCAGCGAGGAGCUCAUGGAAACUGAUUCUGGAGAAGCACCCGGAAUGAAUGAGAAUCGUGACACAACCACUACCGAGAGGCGUCCAGAUGAACUAAAGGACGAGAAGGCAAAAGAAGGGAAAUCGCGAAGCUUUUCAGCCCAAAGCGUCGAUCUUGAAGAAAUCUUGGUACAGAGACACGGCAGCUCCAUUCUUUCCCGAGACGAAUCUGAACAAGACGAUUUUGAGAGCAAGCGGCGAAGGAGCAAAUUUCGCGCGUUCGAGGGUGAAGCCAAAACGUUGACGCCCGCAACAAGUAUGUGUGGCGAAAAGCAACAAGCAAAGCGAGGCAGUGGGGUUAGGACGGUGCGCUCGAUUCCGUCGAACAGUUCAUUGGGCAAACAGACGAGCACCAAGUCUGAUUUGGAUGAUAUGGAUGAUUCGUUUUCCCGUCAGGUAUCUGGUUUCAGCUCCCGUCAGGCAUCUGGUUUCAGCUCGGGCAGGUUCAGCCGGGAAUUUGCGCUGAGCGAUAUGGACGAGGAGAGUUCAGACAUGAGUAGCGACAUCGAGGAGGGGUACAGUGGGUUCCUAUCUAUCGCAAGCGGCCAAGGGGAUAUCCCUGCUUACGAAGCAGCAAGUCGCCCCUAUCACGAUCUGGUCGAAGCUCGAAUUGUCACAGGGGAGUCUGAGCAAGCCCUUGCCAAUGCCACACCCAUGGACUUAUCGGAACGGCCCAAAAGAGAUGAUUCACCUUUGUAUCGCUGGGGUGCCUUUGGUUGUGCUGCAGUUGUCGUUAUUGUGAUCAUUGUUCUCUUGGUAUCAACACUUGGUGGUGGUGAUCCGGAAACUGUAACGCAAUCCCCAGCCCCCAGUUCGUCAGCACCUUCUCAAUCGCCAACUGCUUCCCCGACUGCGAACAUUAUCUAUGAUUUGCCUCCGAAAACGCGGGAAGCAGUAGCGCUCGAUAGUGAUGGACCCCAGGGCAGAGCUUAUCAGUGGCUCCUGGCUGACCCCAACUUGUCGACGUACUCCCAGGACCGCUUGUUGCAAAGGUUUGCGUUGUCGACUUUAUACUAUUCAACGAAACGUGGAAGAUGGACGCGGGAGGGAGGAUGGUUGAGCUAUGAUGUGCACGAGUGCCAAUGGGAUUUCAGAGCUGAUGGUGAGAAUUUGCUUCCGUGCGGUCCUGAUCCCAACUCAGAAAAGUACGAGAAUCUCCUUCUCUAUGGAAACGGUCUGCAAGGAAGCAUUCCAGAGGAAGUUUUCUUACUCACCUCCUUGAGAAAGAUCGACCUUCAAGGCAACAGCUUGUUGGGAACAUUUCCAGUUCCGUCGUGGUACACCACGUAUCCCAACCUAUGGCCAAACCAGCUGGAUUUGAUUGCCUUGGUGUCAAACGAAUUAAGCGGAGCCCUUCCAAGUGAGCUUGGGUACUUCAAGUCAUUGCAAGGACUCUAUCUCGGAUCCAAUCGAUUCACUGGCAGCCUUCCUUCUGAGUUAGCGAAUGUGGCUGGACUUGUUGACCUUAGUGCCGAGGACAAUUUGCUUACCGGGACGCUUCCAACUGAGUUCGCGGCUCUGAAUCGAUUGGUCCUGAUCAACCUUGGUGGCAACGAAAAGCUGACCGGUGGGUUGUCGAAUCUAUUUGUCCCUUCCACAAACGCGUCCUUCCUGGAUGCCGACGUGGAACUCAGAGUAGGUGCCGAAAUACUCUUUCCAAACUUGAAGGCCCUUGAUCUUGUGCACAACAGCUUCUCCGGAGGCCUUCCUUCGGAGAUUGGCAGAGCUUGCCCCAGUCUGGAGCGGCUGGCCUUGGCGAACAAUCGCUAUUCCGGCGGCCUUCCUUCGGAGAUUGGACUGAUGUCGUCCCUGACAUAUGUAGACCUGAGGAACAACGGACUCACCAUCACUCAACUUCCGAGUGAACUGGGACUGCUGACAGCCAUGUCUGAGUUCCGUGUGGACGGAGACGAUGCUGCCCUUGCUGGCACUCUGCCUACAGAGCUUGGGCAGUUAUCUCAAUUGGGCGAACUGAUGCUGGACGCAAGUGGUUUUGCGACGAAUCGAGGCAUGUUGACCGGGUCAAUUCCAUCAGAACUAGGCAAUCUCAGAAAUGCAACGAACCUGUUUCUGUCGAGGCACCGGCUGCUGGGGACGAUGCCAAGUGAGAUGGGACAAAUGACAAAGCUUGAGAAAAUUUGGCUUUUUCAGAAUGGAGUCAUGGGCACAGCGACAUAUGGACUGUAUGGCCCCAUCCCCUCGGAGCUCGGACAGCUAACUGCAUUGACAAGCCUCCUCUUGUUUGAAAAUAGUCUGACGGCUACAAUUCCACCGGAAGUUAAACAACUUUCAAACCUUGAGGGGCUACACUUGCACACAAACCGAUUGCAGGGGCCUGUUCCGGACAUGCAAAUGCCCCGAAUGAAGGAAUUGAUGUUGCACCGCAAUUUCCUCACUGGGACGAUUGCUCCAAGCAUGAUCGGGUCGAUGACAAACUUGGAAUACAUGUCCCUGUACAGCUGUCGGUUCUCCGGCCCAAUUCCCUCAGAGCUUGGCCUAAUGACUGCUCUGACUUUCUUGCGAGCCGACAGCAAUUACUUCAGUGCACUUCCAAGCGAGAUUGGGAACAACCGCAAUCUGGCAACCAUAGUUCUUGCUGGAAAUGCUUUGCAAGGAUCGAUCCCCAGCGAGAUUGCCCAGGUUGGAAAAGCCUUGCUUCACUUGUACAUUGGGUCCAAUGCACUUACUGGAAGUCUCCCAACAGAACUGGGAGAAUUGGACCAGCUCGCUGGGCACGUUCCAUCCGAAUUUGGCCUUCUGUCCAAUCUUCAAGGUUUCUCAGUGCAACAAAAUAUCAUGACAGGCUCUGUCCCGUCCUCUCUUGGGCUGCUUACAAGUUUGACUAGCCUUUCUUUGGCUGAGAAUGCCGCCACCGGCAGCAUGCCCAGUGAGCUGGGCUCGUUGUCAGUGCUCGGGAAGUUGGUGCUCAACAAUAAUCAAAUGUCGGGUUCCCUACCUUCUGAACUUGGUUUGUUGACAUCACUCUCGGAGUUGGCGUUGGAGCACAAUCUAUUCAAUAACACGUUGCCAACAGAGCUCGGUGGACUGAACCAGUUGGCAGUUCUGAAAGUCGCGGAAAACAGCCUAUCGGGUCCACUUGUUUCAGAAGUAGGUCUUCUGACUUCGCUGGCAGAUUUCUCUGCCGAAUACAACCUGCUAAGCGGUACUGUCCCAACAGAGCUUGGCAAACUGACCAGCGUGCAAAAACUGAAAUUCCAAUCAAACCGUCUCACCGGUACCAUUGUUUCCGAAGUGGGUUUGUUGACUUCUGUCGCGGACCUGUCCUUCAGUUCCAACCAGAUGAACGGCACACUGCCCACAGAGCUAGCCAGCCUGUCUCAGUUGCAAUUUCUCUGGUUGGCAGAAAACAGCUUCAGCGGGAGUAUUCCUGGCCAAGAGCUGUCCCUGCUAAGGCAGAAGCUAAAUGUCCUGUCUCUGCGUGACAACAGUCUCGAGGGUCGAGUGCCGAGUGAACUUGGUCUUCUCGGUAACUUGUGGUCACUGGAGUUGGAUAACAAUCCAUUGACUGGGGAACUGCCAAGUGAACUAUCGAGUUUGUCCAGCCUGUUUGAUGGUCUCUCCGGUUUUUUGGGCACUGACUUGACUGGAACGCUACCCGACAGUCUGUGUGGAAAGGUUGUCUUCAGCUGUACAGGACUUCUCUGCGGUUGUGGUUGCCCUUGUAUCGUCCCAACUGAGCCCCCAACCCCAGCACCAUCCAAUGGCACCAUUAUUACCAUCUUUUCAAAUGAGGCAGUUGUACCUGAGCGGGAGAAAUUUUUGAUCGACCCCGAACCGUGA